CUGAGCUCUGCGCAAUUGCCCCACGAGCCAUGCGCGCCAUCACAAAGGCAACGAGCGUAGCUUCCCAAGACAACCGCUGCCCGCCCUGACACUCGCAGCCGCCGUGCGUUUGCCUAUUUCGCGCCUGCUGCCCCCAAACACGCCCUCAAGCUCCCGGGCGCCCUCCGCAUCUGCUGCUGAACCCGCAGCUCCAGCUCCCACAACACCCACGACAAUGGCCUCGGGCGUCAAUGAAGGUAGCAUAACUUCUAUCGUGGACAUUUGCUAUGGGCUCUCCCGCGACGAGGCUGCGCAACUGCUCCGGAUAUCGAGCAGCAACGUUGAAACCGCAAUCAAUAAAUGGCUCGACUCAGGGACAGAGGGAGUCAGAGGCCUGCUGAAGCAAUCCAACUCGGGGUGGGACAACACUGCGUUUGCUGCGGACAGAUACGGGCAGACUGACGGCACCGGCGGCAUCCCCACCUUCAAUAUAGAGUAUGCCCCAGGUGUUGACAAUUAUCCCCACAGCGGCGGCCCCAGCGGCGCUCCCAGUCGGCCUCCCUCGAGAACAAGCCAACGCUCCGGAGUCUCUACCCACGCUGGCGACGCGCCAGUACAGAGCAUCGAGAGCGGUCAAGAGUCGGGCGUAAUAGGUAACACCGGGCCUGUCUUUGGUCCAGCCACCAAAGAAUACUACGACGAAGCUUCAUGGGCGGUUGUUCCUACCACAGCGAAUACUGAAUACAUCCCAGACGUCCCGUUGCCUUAUCGGAGCCGGAACCCGGAUAUGCCUGCCUUUAUUAGACCCUUGCCGAACGAUAACUAUCUUCCAGCGCUCUUGACGAUUGUCCAUUCGAUACCCCUCUUCCGAAACACUCUCCUUGCGCCCAAAAUAACCCAAGAAAACUACUGGCUAGGUGACGAGUGGUGGAAAGGGAGUGCUACCGGUCCCGCACGCACUGUGGAUAGCACCUCUGACCGCGGAACAUCUCUUGAACUGGACAUCAUUUAUGAGAGUCAGCGCUUGAUGGCGGCCCUGGACAAAACCGAUAGGGCGUAUGUGUGUGUCAACAACCUGCUCCAGCUCGACGCAUGGAAGGAGUCCCAGGCACAGCCAGACGACCCAGCCGAUGACCUGCUCAGAUUCCUCUUGACGUGGAGCUCCGCCUGUGAGAAACAGAUGCCCGAUCUGCAGUUGAACGGCUUCCUCCGAUCUUCGAUCAAUGCAGGCGGCCAGCGCCAGAGUAGCUUUCUGCUCGAUGCAAACGUUGUGCACUACGGCACCAACCCGGAUCUCAAUCUAUACGAUGUUCUCGAUCAAGAGCUCUUCUCCACCGCAUCUGGAAAUGCCCAUAUCAUGGACAUUAGCAACGUUCUUAUGCUCAGGUUGACUACGUCAAAGACGGAUGCCUCCCGUCUGGACUGCAAAAUCCCAGCCACGUUCUACGCGGACCGAUACCUCGAAGAGAACAAAGAGGUGAUGAACGAAAUGUUCCUGGAAAUCAAGGGUUGCGAGGAUGAGCUUACGGAGAUUGAAAGGAAGGUGGAGCAAUUGAAGUACCACAAGCCACGGAAGAUUGCCCAUUUGGAAAAGGUGGAGACCUUAAAGCUACUACAGUCUAGCAUGAGAGCCUUUAAGACCGAGGACGAUGCCAUGAUUGAGGACCCGAAGGAUGCAGCGGUUUUUGCUCAACUGAAGUCUCUUCAUGAGAGUAUCGAGUGCAAGCUAUUGACUUUGGAAGAGCACGAGAAGAAGAUUCGGGAGACUCUCAAGGACAUAUCCAGCCGCUUCCAGGCCCCCAUCGAUGAGACGGCAAAUGGCGAGGUCGCACAAGACGGUGCCUCCGAGCCCACGUUCAUUCAUCCCUAUAAUCUCUGGGGGGUCUCUACCUCACCACGAGUGUUCUACGUCCGCCACCGUAAAGAGGAAUCUGAGCCGCCCGGAUCUGAGCAGUGGUGGCGUAUUGAGUACAACACUGCAGGAGAGCAUGCAAGCAUGGUUCGCACCGAAGUCAGUCUCGAUCAAGUCCUGGAAAAGGCAAGCUCAGAGGCCAGGAGCGCCCUUCUGGUGUACGCAAACGACGCCGCUACGUCUACAGCAGCUAUACCCCUUUCCCCACCACUGGAGGAUUUCGUCACGAGGGACAACCUCAACUUUCUCCAGGAACUAACACAGAACGGAUAUGAUGAGCAGGGCGAGGAUGACGGUGGCAAAGUAAUAGGCUCCUGGAUGGAUGAGGGCUAUCCUGACGAUAGCUGGAAUUCAGUGAGUGCUAAAGAGUUCCAUGAGCAGGCCGACUCCGGUGUCUCCUCGACGACGUUGACGCCCAACACCGAGAUGGACGACGAAGGUGUGGGUAUGGUGGAGAUGCAGGAGGUUAACGGCGGCAUCGCAGCUUGGGCGGGCGGCAUGUCGAGUAGCGCGUCUAGCGAUACCGUCGGAGAGGCGAUGGACACUAGCGAUGGUAGGAGCCAAGGGGCGGUGCAUCUCAUAGACGUUGAGAUGAGCGAUGUACAGACAGCGCAAGCUCAUGACGAACCGAGCGUGGAGCAUAUUGAGGUGGUGGAGAAGAAGGGUGGUUAGAAGGGAAUGGUCUUGCAUUGCCUAGGCGUAUGUUUUGGACCUGGGGUCUGGAUUGCAUGGCAAGGGACCGUAUUACUAGCUCUGCUCGGCUCAGCAAGCGUGCAUGGGUAUCAGGGUACAUAUAUGAGCGCAUUCCUGGUAUGGGCUAAUUGUUGAGGAAACUGUAGUCUUUUGCUGUCGUGUUGAUGCGGCAUAGUAGCAGCGCUAUCGGCGUGAGGUGAGAUUGACAAUGAAUGCGCGACACGCACGUGAUUUGGCUCGCCGACCGCGGAAGCUAGGACCGGGGACGGAC